AUGUCCACGCUCGAGUCAAUACUCGCCAACACGGCGCUGCCGCCGCACCCCUUCGUGGUGGUACAGGACUCGCUCUCAGCACCUGCAUGGCCGCUGGUGCGCGAGCUGCUGCGGCGCGGCGCGUCACGCGGCCCGAGCCUUCUCGUCACGGCGCGCAAUAGCCCUGAGUCGUACCUCCCCGACUGGAAGAGCGGAGGCGGACGAGCAGUGGACCUCACGAAUACCGUCCCGGGCUUCUCGAGCGAGACGGUUGACGUCGAGGCCAAGGUUAAGCAGGCUUGUGCGUGCCAAGCCCCGAGGAAGGUGAAGCUGACGACCCCAGGCGAUGCCCUGCCAUCAAGCUUCCAAGCAUUCGUCGACGCGGCGGACAUCCUGAGCGAGGACUACUCUCCCGCCAUCGCCGCGCGGGUUGUCCGAACGCUGUUGAACGCCGUCAAGGAGCGGAAGGCCCCAUCGCGCCUCAUCCUCGUCCUCCCCGCGUCCCACGAGCUCACAGAGGACCUGAUCUCCGCGACCUUCUCGCCCGCCCUCGCGCUCCUCACACCCGUGAACCCCCGCGUUGUCGAGCACAUCUCGCGCGCGUACCUCGCGCCCGCGGACGACAGCCCGCGCUUCUGGCAGCUGCUCGAGACGGCGCGGGCCCGGAAAGUGGGCGACGACGUCGCUCUGCGCGCCAAGGACGGCGUCGAAGUCGGCGCCGCGGACGAGCAGGUCGUUCAGGUGCUCCUCCGCAAGCCGACCGGAGGGGCCAAGGCGCUCAUUCGUGCGAUCGACGGGUUCCGCAAGGCCACAACAGGGGGAUGGGAAAGCGCGCCACUCGACACCGUGGUCGACACGCAACCCGUGCUUGCCCCUACGGAGGCCAAGCGGCCCACGACGCACGCCGACCUCCACCUGCCCUUCAACCUCCAGCUCACGGACGCGCAGAAGGAGGCUCGCGGCGCCGUCCCGCUGCCGUACGCGCACGAGGGCGAGGGUGCCGACCUCGGCAUGGGCAUGGACUGGUCCGAUGACGAGGAGGACGAGGAGAUCUAGGGGCUGUCAGGCGGGAAGGAAGGUGAGGGUGGGCGAGACCCAGGCGAGAUCACGCGCAGCAGAGGAGGCAGACGGAGGUG